CCCUCCAUUUUCAAAACCUUCUCUCUCUCUCUCUCAUAACUCUCUCUCUCUCUCUCUCUCUUACUGUGUGUUUGAGUGUGUGAACUAGCUAUCAACCCUUACUUUUGGGUGACAAUUCUCACACACACACACUAAAGUAAUCUUAAAAACAAAACCCUUUACCAAUCUUUGUGGAAUCUGUGUCAUCCACAUGGGAAGGCAUUCUUGUUGUUAUAAACAAAAGCUAAGAAAAGGCCUCUGGUCCCCUGAAGAAGAUGAAAAACUCAUCAGACACAUCACCAAAUUUGGCCAUGGCUGCUGGAGUUCUGUCCCUAAACUUGCUGGCCUUGAAAGAUGUGGCAAGAGUUGCAGGCUUAGAUGGAUUAACUACUUGAGGCCUGAUCUUAAAAGAGGCACAUUCUCUCAACAAGAAGAGAAACUAAUCAUUGAAUUACAUGCUGUUCUUGGAAACAAAUGGUCUCAAAUUGCAGCUCAAUUACCGGGAAGAACAGAUAACGAGAUCAAGAACUUAUGGAACUCAUCGAUCAAGAAAAAGCUACGACAACGAGGGAUUGAUCCAAACACUCACAAGCCACUUUCAGAACUCAAUGAUAUCGCUCCAUCCGGUAGCAACGACAAGAACUCGCAAGACUCAUAUAAUAUCGACGAGAAAGUUCAACCAAGUGCUGUGGCAACAUCAUACCCCAUCAUUGACAACUCUCCACCCGCAACACAUGAAUUCUUCCUCAACAGAUUCGUAGCAAGCCACGAGACUACAAUCAAGCAACCCGAUUCCCACCACCAACUCGCCGGAUUUCUCCCUUUCAGUUAUACCCAACAACAGCAACCCACUGAUCUUUUCUUUCAAACUGAUUCCAAGUCAUCAUCUGAGCUGAUUCCAGAAUAUAACACUUCUUCAAUCUCCAACCCUUUACUCUCAGCUACGCGGAACCAAAAUCAUUGGGGAAGUAAUAAUAAUAGUAGCAGCAGCAACAACAACAACAACAACAACAACAAUGGUUUCUUUCAGACAAACAAUGGGUAUCAUCCAUGGGGAUUAAGUGACGGGACAAAGAUUCAAAACCAAACUAAUGGUGUACAGGGAGAACAAGAUUACAUGAAAUGGAAUGAUCAAUAUCUUCCAUUUUUAAUGGGGAAGUCUACCAUUGAUCAAAGUAACCAUGAACUGUAUCAUGGACAACAAAGUGUGGAUACUUACAACAAGAAUUUUGAGAGGAUUACAACAAGCUAUGGACAAUAUUCAUAGACUUACAUGCAGCAAAUUCAGAGUUCAUACUGGUGUGUGACCCUUCUAGAGGGUGUUUUUCUUUCUUUUAUCUUAUAAUUGUGUAAAUAGGUUUCUAAGGAUUUGUCAAUUUCUUUUAUUUUGUUUUGAUUCUUUUUUAAAGAAAGGAUAAAUUUCCACAAUA